AUGAUGUUAGAUGGCGGCGCGGUCGAAGGCGUGCUUUACCUCGCCGAUUCCUAUAAGAUAACACAUCACAGCCAAUACCCAGCCGGCACUUCCUACGUCUACAGCUAUUUCGAGUGUCGAGGCGGUAAAUUCCCAGAGUACAUCAUCAAGCGCUGGUUGUCGGGCCAAGUGGUGACGAAGGAACAAGUGCUUGAGGCGAAGGAAUUUUACAAGGAACAUUUCGGAAGCGACUAUUUCAAUGAAGAAGGCUGGAUGUACAUUGUUGAGAAACACGGAGGCCGGUUGCCACUUCGCAUCUGCGCGGUCCCUGAGGGCUCGGUGGUGCCGGUGAAGAACGUGCUGUUCACCGUCGAAAACACCGACCCGGCCGUCCCAUGGCUCACUAAUUGGUUUGAGACGCUCCUCGUCCAGGCUUGGUACCCGAUCACCGUGUGCACGAACUCGCGCGCCCAGAAGGAGAUCAUUGCUAGGUAUUUAAUUGAGACGUCGGACUCGCUGGAAGGGCUUCCCUUCAAGCUGCACGACUUCGGUUAUCGCGGCUCGACGGCAGUGGAGAGCGCUAGCAUCGGAGGUGCCGCCCAUAUGGUCAAUUUCCAAGGCACGGACACGAUUGCCGGGCUUCGAAUGCUAAAGAAGUAUUAUGACUGCCCUAUGGCCGGCUUCUCGGUGCCAGCCGCAGAGCACAGCACGAUAACUACUUGGCAGAAAAGCGGUGAAGCCGAUGCGUAUCUGCACAUGCUCAAGCAAUUCCCCGGCGGGCCCGUUUCCGUCGUGUCGGACAGCUACGAUAUCUACAACGCCGUGGCCAACAUUUGGGGCAAGCAACUAAAGAAUGCCGUGAUUGAGCGCGCGCCUCGAGGGAUGCUAGUGAUCCGCCCUGAUUCCGGGGAGCCGGUGAAGGUGGUGCUUGAGGUUCUCAAUCUGCUCUCCGAAAAUUACCCAAUAACGAUCAACAAGAAGGGCUACAAGAUGCUCCCGCCCUACCUCCGCAUCAUCCAGGGCGACGGUAUUUGCUACGAGACGAUUGAAGAGUUGCUCAACAAGCUUAAGAAAGCCGGCUGGUCAACGGACAACGUUCUGUUUGGCACCGGGGCGGCUCUGUUGCAGAAAGUGAACAGGGACACGCUUAGAUGUGCCUUCAAAUGCAGCCAUGUGGUUGUCAAUGGGGAGGAGAUUGACGUCUACAAGGACCCGAUCACCGACCACGCCAAGCAAAGCAAGAAGGGUCGGCUGACGCUAGAGCGCAACGAGGCCGGCGAGUGGCAAACGUUCCAGGAGGGGCGAGGCGACGUUGGAAAGGAUGAGCUCAUCCCCAUCUUCGAAAACGGAAAACUCCUCGUCGACUGGACCUUGACCGAGAUCAGGGCGCGCGCUGAGCUGGAUUGUGUUCGACAGGCGCAGAGCACCGAAACGAACGGAGUCAAUGGUAGCGACAGCCAUCCUUGCGAGCUGGCCGCCGAA